UGAAAAUAUGUAUUUGAUUAAAUUGGUGAUGAGCAAUAUUUUAAUUUCAUUCAAAAAACCGUCUAUUUGACACUCUGCCAAAGAUACAAGACACUUUGUUUACAUGAAAUCAAACUAAAAAAUUUGCAUUAAUUUGGUAUUGUGUUUUUUAUUGAUUCAGGAAAAGUAAAUACAGAUAAAACAAAAAGCAGCUGCACACAUUGACGACCGCAUCAACAAAAUAUUGUUUAAGCAGCAUUUCAACAAUCUCAUCGUACGCAAUCAUCAAGCAGUAGUAUCACGGUGAAGCUCGGCUCAGUUAUCAUUCGUCUUGUAUUUGAAGUGCACCGUUUCAGACACAAUUCGCCGAGUGAAUCGGACACGCGUGUACAUUUCAACACACCAAAGUAAAUAUGUUUCACCGAAAUCGCCUGUUUUUCCUCGUUUUGCUGACCAUAGCAUUGUCGGGUCAAAUUGAGUGCGAUGACCCUCCGCAAUUGGAUUUGGAUAAGCUACGAGAAUCAAUCAAUGUGGACGAUAUCAAUAAGAAUUUACCACCGGGAAUGGAAAUUCCUGCAUCAUUCAAAAAUAUCACAUUACCAAAGCUUGAUGAUAUCAAGAAUAUGAUGAAAGAAAAAUGCAAAACAGUGUCUGGCGGUGAGGAAGCCUACAAUGCGAUUGAAACUGGUGCUGCCGAAUUGCAAAACUGUACCAGUGGUUUGAUUGAUGUUCCAACAUUGCAAGAUGAAAUCGACAAAGCUCAACCAAAGGGUGAACUGGACACCGUUUUCAAUAAAUACUGUCGAAAACGUAGCACUGUCAUUGGUUGUUUGGAGAAUUUUACGGCAGUGCUCGAACCAUGCUUGGAACCAAAAGAAAUCGAAGGCAAACGCACUUUUGUGAAAAUUUUCAAAAAUCUUCUGAAUUUUGUGUGCUACAAAGAUGGCGAUCAAAUUGCGUUGUUCAUUGCGGAAAAAGGGCCACAAUGUUUUACUGAGACCAAAGACGAAUUGAUCAGUUGCAUGAAUGCAACAUUCUUUAACUAUUUACCAUCUGAAAAAGAAAUUGAAUCAAAAACAGUACCAACAGAACUACCACAGCUGGUUAUGGGCCAGGAACAAUGCAAUGAUAUGGAUUCGUUGCAAGGCUGUGUUGUUAAAUCGCUAGAAAAAUGUCAAGAGUCCACUCCGGCCAAUUUAGUGGAAUCAAUGUUCAAAUUUGUGCGUAAUGAAACGCCUUGCGGUAAUAUGACGUCUCAAAGGGCAUCAGAAUCACAGUUAACCGGCAAUGCAAACACACAAACAGUGUCAAUGACAUCACUAAUUGCCUCAAUACUUGCCCUUAUCACUGUAAAAUUAGUUACAGUGUAAACAAAGUCAAUAAUAAAUGCCCAAUGCAACACACCAUACACCAACUGAUCAAUCAGCCAGAUUAAAUGACAAAACAAUAAUAGAACAUUUUUACAAAAUAAUUUAUUUGUAUAAUACAACGUGAACUCAAAAUUUAGAUCGAUUCGAAGAAAAUCAAAAAUCUAUUUGAAAACGUUUAAGCUUAUUUUCACAUUCUGAUCAAUGAAAACAUUGAGAAUGUUUCUGUCUCCAAUGCUUAGGGUUUGCGUUAAAUAGAUUUUUCUAAUAGGGUGACGACAGUUAAAGCAGAUCGAAAGAAAUCAAAUUGUCCAAUGUCCGUAAUUAAUUAUCUCACAAUGUAAUGAGCAACUAAAUAUAUUGUAAAAAAAAAUCGUCUAAGAAAUUGCAUAUAAUCCAAAGGAUACUCUAUCUCUCCCAAUAGUUUAGUAUUAUUUCAUUUUUAUUGCAAAACUGGCUCAAAUUAAGAGUACACUUGAAUGCUUGAAGCCAUUCAAGGAAAACAAAAAAAUGUAAAUUUUACCAUUCCACAUACAGCUAAAAUCUGUAUACCAUACAAAAAAAAACUAUCUUAAGAAUACCAAUGAAGCAGAUUACCAUGUAAGCAGAAUAAUAAAGAGUAAAUUAGAAAAAUGUAAAAAAAAGAAGCAAUUGCGCAAUUCAAGUGCCUGAGUUGAUGAAUUUCAAUCAAUCCUUUCCAGUUAGUUAAACGAAAGUGCUCGACUCAAAUUGUGCAAUUGAUUUUAUAGGGGAGAGGCGAACAUACAUUUUUAAAAUAAUAAAAUUAAAAUGUAAAAAUAUUUAAAUUAUUAUGAACAAA